AUGGCUGGCGACUUUACUUGCUUCAUCAACUGCAGACUGUGCAGAGGUGGACAGCUAGUGAGAGACAACCUGAUCGUCAACAAUGUCACAGGCCAGAUCGCGGACAACAUAGGCUAUGUCUCGACCGAUGCAAUCGACCUCCAAGGCGGCAUCAUCGCCCCAGGCUUCAUCGAACUGCAGACGAACGGCAUGCGCGGCUUCCACUUUACACAUUUCGAAGAUCCACUGCAAUAUGCCAAUGCAUUGAACAACGUGGCACAGUACCUCCCAAGCACGGGAGUGACAAGCUUCUAUGUGACGAUUCCUACCGUCGCCAGCGAGCAUUUCAAGAAGAUUCUCCCCUCCCUCAGCCCUCGUCACGUCUCACGAGGAGCUUCUAUAUUGGGUGCUCACGCGGAAGGACCUUAUCUCUGCCCAAGUAAGAAGGGGGCGCACAAUGCAGACCUCUUCCAUGUUCCCUCGACACCUCCCAUCGAUGUGUAUGGACCCGCGGCCGAAUCAUGCAACAUACUCAAGCUCGUGACUAUCGCGCCGGAACUGGACGAUUCUGCCGCACUUGUGAGAAGCCUGACCAGCAAAGGCAUUGUAGUGUCUUUGGGCCAUUCGAACGCCUCGUACGACACAGGCAUGACUGCCAUCAAGGCCGGUGCAGCUUGUCUCACCCAUACUCUGAAUGCCAUGGCGCCGCUACACCAUCGGGAUCCAGGAUUAGCAGGCCUUGUCACAGCAUCGUCUAGCACGGCCGGCACGCCAUUCUUCAGCAUCAUCCCCGAUGGCAACCACCUUCAUCCCAGCGUGGCGACAAUGCUUUUCCACUCGAAUCCUACCAAGUGCAUCCUCAUCACCGACAGCACCGAGCUCGCUGGCCUUGAAGACGGAACAUAUCCUGGCCAUUCUCAAAUUCCCUUCAACCAGACCAAGGUUGGGAAUCGAGUCGUAAUUGAGACGACACAGACGCUGAUAGGGGGCUGCGCAGAUCUCUCCGAAUGUGUUAGCAAUUUAAUCGAGUGGAGUGGAUGCACAGUUGCUGAGGCGGUACGAUGCGUCACUGAGAACAUCGUCGAUCUUAUGGGCGAUGGAGCUCGGGGAAAGCUGGAGAGUGGCCGAAGAGCUGAUUUCGUAGUUCUUAAUAACCAAGGUCAUAUCCUACAGACUUGGGUUGCCGGUCAGCAAGUAUACAAUGGAGAGUGA